GUAAAAAUGGUUGCUGCUGUAAUUCUUCACAUCGAUUCAGGUUGAAUAAUGAAUACUUCCUAGGAAGUAUUGCCCUUUUCUUCGCUCAUAAAGUAUCGGAAGCUCGGUGGCGAUUUACAUAAAAAGUUGUACUUGUACAGUAGUUGGCAAGCACGAGCCCCGUACUUUUGGGAUUUAUGUUCUCGUGAACCAUCAACCACCCUCAUCGUUUCAUGCAAUAGAAUUACCCAUUGCCAUGGAGUAGGUGAAAGGAACCAGCGGCUCAUUAACCAAUAGCGAGCGCAAUAGUAAAAUGGACACAAUUUCUAAACGAAAUCACAGUGUCGAGGACAGCAUUCUCGAUGUUUUGCAAAAAGAUGGAAACGAGAGCGAGAAAAUACAACCAGCCACCAGAACAACGGCCGUAGAGGAUCGAAAGGCCAAUUUUCCUUCUCCUCUAGCGCCGAACGCAUAUCCGUGUAAAGACACUCAACAUGAGCUCCCUCAACAUCCUUCGACAUGGCCUCAGCGUCCUCUCAUGGUCCGCCCAACACCAUGCUCUUCAACGAAAAUCAUUGGAAUUGUAAGUCAUGCCAGAGUUCCCUUUGCGACUUGCAAUUUUAGUGAUAACACUGACCAAUGAAAUCGAAUAAUUUUGCUUAGCGUCGUGCUAUUUCUGAUAAUUACGAAAAUUUCAAGGGAUGUUGUGCUGGAUGCAUCCUCCCGAUCAAUAAUGGCAGAGAGCUCGAGGGUGAAUCACUUGUUGUUGACUUCGAAUCGACAAACUUUGUUGGGACUCUUUUCUUGAGAAUCAAAGACGUGCCACCGCUAGAAAGGGGAAAAAAUGGUAGCAUGAAUAACGACGAGGAGAACGAUAUCAAAUACGGCCAAAGCGAAAGCAUAGACUACUUUGCUGAUAGGAAGCGAAAGUUCCAGGCUAUUAUUAAAGGUCGCUUCAAGAAGGCACUCGCCAUGAAUCGAUGCGUUACGGGACAGAGUUUCAAGCGACCGGCUGGGAAACUACCUGCUAAAUGGCUAGUGUCAUCUUUUAUCAAAUUCGUAUCCAUUUUGGCACCACAGCUAGAUGCCUCUUUGGACGGAAACAGUCCCCGAUUCUUGACUCCUUUAUUAGCCACAGCCAAUACAGUUCUAUCUCAAGAGAAUGGUAUUGAUGAGACUGGUAAUAAUUCAAGUACCACAAACAAAUGCAAUCGCCCGCUUUCGUCAGAAGAUGGUAGUCCCUGUCUGAAGAUUGACACGACCGUCGACCUCGAAGAACCUUCUUCUUUAGAGCCAUCCAGUGUUCUUUCAAGUCUUCUUGCACAUGAAAGCAAUCCGAGCAUAAAGAUACCAGAUACAAGUUUAUAUUCUUCAAUCGACCGCACAGUGUCCCGUAAAAAAGUUUUCAAUCUUCUCAGUGCCAUGAAUUCUCCAGAACCCCGAUUCGAUUGCGAUCGAAUCUACACCUUUGAAUUCUAUCAACAUCUCUUAGAACUUUCUAGAUAUGCGUUGGACAUGGGAAGUGUUGGAGGAAUGAUACCUUUGGCACAGGCCACCGAUGGACAACCUCUAAAGAUCAUGGCUGCCCACAGAGAAAGUGACGAGAGUCAGGAGCUAGAUAUACUUUGGAGCUUCGACAUCUUCCACGAGUCCUUGUACGCUUACGCAGAGCUUGCAGUUGACCAAGUGUAUUCUGAUAGUUGAGAAAGAAGAUUUCAUUUGCAAUGGUCCGUAGGUCAGAGCGAUAGAACUCCAGAAAAGAGUGUCUCGAAGUAAGUUUUGAUAGAGAAAUUAGUUCUUUAGUCAGCAGAUUAUCAACCUAAUUAUCCGAAUGGUUUAUGGAGCCUCUUCAUCACCACCAGUCUCUCGAAUUGAUUGAACUUCCUUGCUAAGAGAACAAAGAAUGUCAACCAUUUUUACAACAGAGUAUUGCUUCCCCUCGAUGGUAACAUCAUUUCCAGCAUAGUCCUUAAAUUUUACACGUUCUCCCUCCUCGACCGGCGAAGGUGAAAGUUCUCCACUGCUGUUCAAACGACCUUCACCCACUUUGACAACAAUGCCCUCACACGGCACAUCGUCCGCAACUACCUGGCUGGCGAUCACAACACCACUGCUGGUUGAUAGAGACUCAGGAUUCUCAUCCAGCGCUAUGAGAACAUAAUCUCUAACUGGGAAGACGGCAUCCAGCUUCAUCGUAACGCCACUGUAAUACAGCAAACAAUCGUCGUCCCGAAUCAUUUGACAGGAAUCAUCAUUGUAAAUAAUGGCCUUUCCGUCGUACUUUCCGUAGAGUACAGACAUACCCUCCUUGAUUGGGUUGGUAAUACGAAUUCCAGUGAAUGGAUGGAUCUUUCCUUUGCCAGCAGCGACAACUAAACCUUCGGUGGGACGCUCCUUGGAUUGAUCGGGCAGAAGAAUUCCUCCGGACGUGGCUGUGAGAGUAUCCUUGACUUUGACAAGGAUAAAGUUUCGAAGCGGCGUUAUGGGCCCACGAAUUUCCUCUCCAUCUAGUGUGUAAGAGGUGCCCGUUGGAGAUGACAGAUCUGUUUCUGUAGAUCGCAGUGGUGUCGAGUGUGUUCGCCCAACACCUGUGACUGGCGAGCUAGAAAACGCUCCAGCUGAAACGAUUAGCUGCCACAGGAAUAUCGCUGCCUUCAUUGUACUUCUUUUGCUUUCACCUAUGUUGAAUGUUACUUCAGAAGAAAGAUGCGAGAUUGCGGAUCAUUCAUUCCUUGUUAGUCCAAAUAAUCAAUACGAUAGUGA